CCCAAGGAGGAAGCCUUCAUGCUCUCACACUGCAAAAGCAAAACCAAUUUCUUCUCCUUCAAAGUUAAUUCUCUCUUCCCUGAACUCUCUCAAAACUGAAGAACUGGUCUCCUUUUUCUCUUCUUUUUUUCUUGCUGAAAUGGCUGUUGAUAAUGCUUGGCCGUGUCCCCCAGCGUUCGAGAAGGACGAGAAUGCUCUUCAAUUCGUUGAGCAAAUGACUACAAAUGCAGACAUGGUUCAAGAAAGAAUCUUGGCAGAAAUCUUGAGCCGAAACAAGGAGGUUGAGUAUUUGAAAAGGUUCAAACUUGACGGAGCCACCGACCGAGAAACGUUCAAGUCGAAGAUACCCGUGAUUACCUACGAUGAUCUUCAGCCUGAAAUCCAACGCAUCGCUAAUGGCGAUCGCUCUGCUAUUUUGUCAGCUCACCCCAUUUCUGAAUUCCUCACUAGUUCUGGGACGUCAGCUGGGGAAAGAAAGCUCAUGCCAACAAUUAAAGAAGAGCUGGAUCGUCGGCGAUUAUUAUAUAAUCUACUCAUGCCAGUAAUGAAUCUCUACGUGCCUGGUUUGGACAAGGGCAAAGUCCUAAAUUUUCUCUUCAUCAAAUCUGAAACAAGAACCCCAGGUGGGCUCCUGGCUCGCCCUGUGCUUACAAGCUACUACAAAAGUGACCACUUCAAGACUCGUCCCUAUGAUCCCUACAAUGUCCAUACGAGCCCCAACGAGGCCAUUCUCUGUGCAGACUCCUUCCAGAGCAUGUACACCCAGAUGCUAUGCGGUCUCCUGGAGCGCGAACAAGUUCUCAGAGUUGGCGCAGUGUUCGCCUCUGGCCUCCUCCGUGCCAUCAGGUUUCUUCAGCUUAACUGGCGAGAACUUGCUCUGGACAUUGAAUCAGGAACGCUGAACAAGCGUAUCACUGAUCCCUGUAUAAAGGAUUGCAUGGGCAAGAUCCUGAAACCCAAUCCAGAACUUGCGGAGUUUAUCAGACUCCAGUGUUCUAAGGAGAAUUGGGAAGGGAUCAUUACGAGAAUUUGGCCUAACACUAAAUACCUGGACGUGAUCGUCACAGGAGCCAUGUCUCAGUAUAUCCCUACUCUAGAUUACUACAGCGGUGGCUUGCCGUUAGCUUGUACCAUGUACGCCUCAUCAGAAUGUUACUUUGGAUUAAACCUGAAUCCAAUGUGUAAACCAUCAGAAGUUUCCUAUACAAUCAUGCCAAACAUGGCCUACUUCGAGUUCUUACCACAUGAACCUCACUCAGAUGGGUUAACUCGUGACUCGCCACCUAAACUCGUUGACCUUGCUGAUGUUGAAGUGGGUAAAGAAUACGAGCUUGUCAUAACCACCUACGCAGGUUUAUACAGGUACAGAGUUGGUGAUAUCCUCCGAGUCACCGGGUUCCACAACUCAGCUCCUCAGUUCCAUUUCGUUCGAAGAAAGAACGUGUUACUCAGUAUUGACUCAGACAAAACCGACGAAGCUGAGUUACAAAAGGCAGUAGAGAAGGCGUCUCAACUCCUGCGUGAAUUCAACACGAGUGUAGUUGAAUACACGAGUUACGCAGAUACAAAGACGAUUCCUGGUCACUACGUCAUAUACUGGGAGUUGAUGAUCAAAGACUCAGCAAACUCACCGACCCAGAAGAUACUGAACGAGUGCUGCCUCGCAAUGGAAGAAUCCAUGAACUCGGUGUACAGACAAGGGCGAGUUGCGGAUAACUCAAUAGGGCCACUGGAGAUACGAGUGGUGAAAAAUGGAACAUUUGAAGAGCUAAUGGAUUAUGCAAUAUCAAGAGGAGCAUCCAUCAAUCAGUAUAAGGUUCCAAGGUGUGUAAACUUUACACCAAUCAUGGAGCUUCUUGAUUCAAGGGUGGUGUCUAGACAUUUCAGCCCAGGUCUGCCUCAAUGGAGCUCAGAAAGAAGAAGAAUGUGAUUAUGAGAUAAGGGUCUGAUUGGCACCGACCAAAAUUGAGGUUUCUGAAAUGGACAAUGGAAAAUAGAAUUUGUAGAAUUUUGUUUUUUUUUUUUUUUCAGAAGGGCUGAAGUGUAAGUUUGAAUAGGAUGUCUGAUGAGGGUCAGGUUUUGUAAUUUGGUUCAAUUAACCCACCCACUGGAAAUGAUGGGACUAUGAAGAUGUUUUGUCUAGUGAAAAAUGUUACUUUCAGGAUGCAAUGGAAAUAUGAUAGUUUUUUACUUUUUAA